UGUCGUUCGGUUCAUCGUAUCGUUCUGCACAGUUAUGCAGUUGCGCUUAUCAGUGCCGUUGAUCGUAGUGGCAUGUUUCAGCAUUGCGGAAGCUGCUUCGUCGCGGUACUCGUACCGUCAACGCCAGUUGUUACGGAAUACGUACAUCUGCUCGUAUCCUCACUUUCCGAACGGACAGAUCAGGAUGAGGUUGAGGGGAAAGAUCCUGAUGUUUGAGUGUAACGAGAGCUAUACGUUGGUCGGUGGAAAAUACAUGUACUGCAGGGAAGGACGCUGGGACGCAAACACUCCGAUAUGCAUUAAGCCUGGUUGUGACGAUUUUCCGGCUGUUCCCAAUGGAUUCAUCUUCUACGAGAAGCUGAAAGCGGCAGCGACUCUAUUCUGCAACAGUGACUACCAAGCGGCAGGAUCGUCGUACAGUUACUGCAACGGUACGCACUGGGAUCGUGCGAUAGGUAACUGUCGAAAGACGGGACUAGCGGUGCAGACUAGCUGCGACUUUGAAGUAGACGAUUGGUGCGGCUGGACAAGUGAGGCUACCCAUGAGUACGGCUGGAGAAGAAGUUCAGGGAUCGUUUCGAAGCGUACGCUGAAAACUGGACCUAAGCACGAUCAUACUACGGGGAAAGAGCUGGAUGGACACUUCCUGAUGGUUGAUUCAUCCGAACAGCUUACGAACUCAACAACUCGUCUGAUCUCUCCGAUCUACACUGCCAACUAUAGUGCGAAUGCAUGCUUUCAGUUCUUCUAUCACAUGCACGGUGACUCAGUAGGCAGUAUGAGCGUGUACGUCAAGCCGCUAUCAAAGUGGUGGGCCGAUGUGAUCGCAGCGGGCGCCCAGUUCUCCGUUAACGGUAGCCAAGGUAACGCGUGGAAUGAGGGCUUCUUUGAUCUGCCGCAACAGACGGAUAGUUUCCAAAUAGUGUUCGAGGCAUCGCUUGGGAUGCGUUUCAGAAGCGAUAUGGCGCUCGAUGACGUUAGCCUAUUGAGUGGUGCGGACUGCAACGUAGUAACGGGAACCGACGUGUCGCCUACUGUGGUGGAUGAAGAGGAGGGUUCUAAGAUCGAUUCAUGUGAGAACCGCUGUGAACAAACGCUUGAACAGUCAUACCUAACGAUGAACGUUAUUCACUGCGGUUGUAACUCCGAUUGUAUUUCGAAUAGUUCGUGCUGUCCGGACUACAUAGAGCUGUGCGUGUUCACCAAUACCGAAAUUACCUACGUAGAACUUGGAACAGCAUUAAAAAUUUCGGAAGGCUCUUCAGCAGUGGCCACCACACUUAUUCUAGCAUUACUCGUUUUAGUUCUAGGUUUUGGAAUCGUUUUCGUUCUGUUGCGUAAUAAUGGCUUCUCGGAACAAAUUUAUGCCUGGAGAAUGAGAUCGUUCAGAUUUGGAACUCGUAGUACAGGAUUGGUGGAAGAUCUACAAUUCCUAGCAACAAAUGAACAACAGCAAUUCAGUAAUUCCCAAGGAGCAGAUGGAGCAGAAGCUCGUGCCACGAGAAAAUCGUAAAUUUACUCGUUAUCAAAUCACACGUUUUUGACUUGAUGAAUUGAUGAGAAAUAAACU